AUGGCAUCCACGCCUACUCCAAGUUCACAUGCAUCUGCCCCAGUCUCGGUUUCGGACGUCCCCGCCGUGUCCAGCAAACCCCCGCGGAUCCUUGCAUGCGUUCUCUGCCAACACCGGAAGAUCAAAUGUGACCGGAGCUUUCCCUGCGCCAACUGCCUCAAGGCGAACGUCAAGUGCACGCCGAGCACACCAGCCCCUGCCCGCAAGCGGAGGCGGCCUAACCAGGACCUUCAGGAGAGGUUAGCGAAGUGCGAAGAGCUCUUGAAGGAAUAUGCAGCAGAGAAGCCGCCAGAGAGAGCCACGACGCCCCGUUCUUCUAACCUGCCAACCCAAGAUGAGCCUUCGCCCGAGUGGCAGCCAACCGGAAAGCUCGUCAGCGAACAUGGGCGCAUGGCCUUCAUGAACAGUCCUCUACUGGCCACAGUCUAUGAAGAGCUUCGAGCCAUGAGGGAGAUCGUCGACACCCCUGACGAGGACUCCAAUUCAGAGACGGCAACCCCCGAUGUACAUGGGGCGUUGCUUCUCGGCGCCGACACUCCUUCGUCGAAGGAGGAGGUUCUCUGGCCGGACCCUAUCCAAGUCUUGCGCUUAUGGCAAGUUUUCUUAGACAGGGUGAACCCGCUGACCAAGAUCAUCCACGUUCCUUCGCUUUGGCCGCACGUUGCCGAGGCAGCCAACAACUCUUGCAACAUACCGAAGAACGUAGAGGCGCUCUUGUAUGCUAUAUUCUUGAUGGCCGUUGUCUCGCUUACGCCUGAUGAGUGCCGGGAGCAGCUUGGGCAAUCGAGAGAAGAAGCGCUCCAGAGGUACUCUCUAGGGGCUCAGCAGAGCCUCUACAGGAUGAAGUUCCUCAAGUGCCUUGAUCUUACAACGCUUCAGGCAUACGUUCUCUAUUUGAUGUCCCUCCACGGCCGCUACAACCGGCACGUCGUAUGGAUUCUAAACGGCGUUGCCCUUCGCAUCGGUCAAAAGAUGGGGUUACACCGUGACGGUGAAACGCUGGGUCUCUCCCCCUUUGAAUCUGAGAUGAGAAGAAGACUUUGGUGGCAGAUCCUCAUCAUGGAUACCAAGACGGCGGUAUUAUCUGGCCUCAGUCCGACCGUGCUCGCCCGAGACUGUCACACGAAGGCGCCUAGGAACGUCAACGACGGGGAUAUCUUCCCAGCAGCCACGGAGCCGUUCAAGGACCGAGAAGGACCUACCGAAAUGAUUUUCUGUCUCCUCAACUAUAGAGUUGCCAAGUUCAUUAUCGAAACCCCGGGCGUCGAAACCAUGGUAAUGGUCAUGGAGGGUGGCUCGGACGACCCCGACGGCGGCCCAACUGAGGAGCAGCUCUCGGGAUACCGACGGAGCUUUGAGAAGCUGGGGAAAGAACUACUGGAAAUCCUGGACAAAUACUGCGAUCCGAGAGCAGGGCCGGUGCACGAGAUGGCCAUACGAAUGCGGCAACACCUCCUUGACAUGAUCAACGAGAUACUCACGCCUGCCAGGUUGAGGCCAGAGUGGGGAAGUGAGAUGAAGACGGCGAAAGACAAUACGUUCAUGGUCGCCAUCAGGACCCUCGAGCACGAAGAGAAGCAUUACAUUUCGGCAAAGGACAAAGGAUUUGCCUGGUAUAUGCACAUACACUUCCAGCUGGAUGUAUUCCUAUACGUGGCAGGCCAGCUUUGCCACCGCACCGAAGGUAGCCUUGUGUCGCGUGCGUGGAGGCAGGUCGAAGUGGUGUAUACCUUCCACCCUGAACUAUUUGACGUCACAAACAAGAUGCACGCUGGGCUGGCCGUUUUCAUCCUCAAAGCAUGGAAAAGGAGAGAGGAGACCAUCUUUGUCCGCACCGGGCAGCUUCCGGAGAUGCCGUCCUAUGUAGGGAAGCUACGAAGCUGCAUGCCAAAUGACGACUACAAGACGGAGCCCACGCCGCCAAACCCGUACACGCCAUCGAGCCUCGCCGAAACCCUUACCAUCCCCCCGGAGAACCCGCUCGACCAGUUCCUGGAUUAUCUCGAUCCCUCUUCGCUCGGCUGGGAUAUGUUUGGCAGCACGCCUGCGAACACCGGUCAGGGGAUGCCGGUGUUUCCGUAUGGAAUGGAGCCUCCGAGCGGAUGGUAA